UUUUUAUUUGUGAACAGGCUGCCUCAACAUUCGAGAAUCUAAGCAUACUGGGAAAUCUUUGAAGUUUUCGGUUAGAUAACUUUAUCUUUUACUACCACCAAGAAUUCUUGGCAAACUGUAGCAAAAAACGAGACGACUCGGCAUAAAGACGUUUCACCCUAAAACAUAAGUCGAGCGCAGGUUCGCCCGAGACUGUAAAAAUGGCACAAGUAAAGGAGGGGAAUUUUGUUUUCCCAGGAGACGUAGUUGAGGGUGCGGACACGCUGAAUUCUCUCCGUCUGGGACCCGGUUUAGUAUAUCGUAACAACGGCACUGAAGAAAGAAUUUGUGCAACGAGAGCCGGUGUUUUAUGUACCGCUCCAAAACAUACAUUUUAUCAGGACUUUCGUCAGAAACGGUACAUUCCAUCGUUGAACGAUCAUGUCGUUGGUCAAAUUGUUUCCCGUAAUGCGGAUGGAUAUCGAGUAGAUAUUGGUUCCGCUCAUUCUGCUCAAUUAAACGGACUUGCAUUUGAAAACGUGACUCGCAAAAGCAAACCAAAUCUGGCUGUGGGUUCACUUGUGUAUGCUCGUGUCUCGCUUGCCGAUAAGGAUAUGGAACCAGAGUUGGAAUGUGUUGAUGCUACUUCCGGCAAGGCUGCUGGUUUUGGCGAGUUGAAAGGAGGUUACUUGAUUCAAAAUAUUUCACUGUCCCAUGUGCGAAGUCUAUUGCAAUCUUCUAAUGUCCUUCUCUCGUCUAUUGGCACACAUAUCCCGUUCGAAAUUGCCUUGGGCUUGAAUGGUCGGAUCUGGGUUAACUCUGGCAGCAUUCAAACGACUGUUGCUAUUGCAAAUGCCAUCAAACAGUCCGAGUACAAGUCUCCCGAAGAAUGUACAGAGCUUAUUCACGCAAUAUUGAAAACGCUCUAGAGUUAGUGUAUGAGUCCUUGUCUUGUCAUAUCAGCCAGCGCAAUUACAAGCUCAUUUUACCUUGUCUUCAAAAUACAUAAGCAACGACUGGAAAAAUUUGAGUACAAUAAUUUUUUCAUUAAGUAGUUACGUUAAUACCAUCAAAAAAUUGGCGAUCCA